UGCGCAGUGGGGAGGGUCGUGCGCGCGCCGCGGCGCUGCGGGAAAUCCCUCGGAGCGUGGUCGCGGCUGCUCGACCCCGGAGUGCCGCACCAUGGCGGAGGAGGAGCUGGAGGCUCUGAGGAAACAGAGGCUGGCCGAACUGCAGGCGAAGCAUGGGGAUCCUGGCGAUGCAGCACAACAGGAAGCAAAACACAGGGAAGCAGAAAUGAGAAACAGUAUCUUAGCCCAAGUCCUGGAUCAGUCAGCCCGGGCCCGUUUAAGUAACUUAGCACUUGUAAAGCCCGAAAAAACUAAAGCAGUAGAGAAUUACCUCAUACAGAUGGCAAGAUAUGGACAACUAAGUGGGAAGGUAUCAGAACAAGGUUUAAUAGAAAUCCUUGAAAAAGUAAGCCAACAAACAGAAAAGAAAACCACAGUUAAAUUUAACAGAAGAAAAGUCAUGGACUCUGAUGAAGAGAACGAUUAUUGAAAUUUAAGAUGUUUAGAGACUGGAACUUAAUGGAACAGUUCUAGGACAGAUAAGACUGGGUAGAAGUGAAGAUCUGAUUGUUUACUUUGUUUAUUGUCUAUAUAUGCCUUUUAAAAAAAUAAACUUGUUAUAG